AUGGAGGCCUUCAAUCUACACAACUUCCUUUCUUCCCUCUACAUUCUUUUACCUUUUGUUAUUCUCGCGAACCCAGUUCAUGCGGCUCCUUAUCAGAAUCGUAUUCUUGAGACCGGCAGUACUUUCGGUGCUCCGGAUCCAUAUGGCCCAUGGCAAAUGAUCCCCAGCAUUCCCACCGAAGACCUGGUCUACAUCAAAACUACCAACACCGGAACUGGGAGGGUAGAAGUUCACAUCGCCUCGGGUUCAUCGGGAUUCAGGACUCGCAGCCUUGAAGUCGGAACAUCAUUUGUCUCUGAGGAUAACGGAACUUGGCAAUUAAUUGAUGCAGACGGUGACGGCAGACCUGAUCUUGUUUACAUCAAAACUAGGAAUACCGGAACCGGUAGGGUGGAGGUACACAUUGCGUCCGCAUCAUCCAACUAUCAGACACGUAUCUUGGAAACUGGAACCACUUUUUACCCGGAGGAUAAUGGAGUUUGGCAGAUGGCAGACUUCGAUCACGAUGGCAAACUCGAUCUGGUUUAUAUCAAAACCCGUAAUACGGGCACAGGGAAGGUCGAAGUGCACGUGGCUUCUGGAGCGUCAAACUACCAGAGGCGAAUCCAGGAGGUCGGGACGACAUUCUACCCAGAAGAUAACGGCGUCUGGCAGAUGGUCGACUUCGACAGGGAUGGAAAAUUGGACCUUGCUUACAUCAAAACUCGGGAUACGGGAACUGGAAAAGUCGAGGUGCAUGUUGCGUCGGGCUCGUCCACUUACAAUACUCGCGUCCAGGAAGUCGGCACGACCUUCUAUCCAGAAAGUAAUGGGUUCUGGGAACUGAGUGACUUUAAUCAUGAUGGUGUCCUGGAUCUAGUGUAUAUCAAGACGCAAAACACUGGAACUGGUAGCGUUGAGGUCCAUGUGGCGUCGGGGAAAUCAUAG